AUUAUUUUUCUCGAUUUCGAUUUUAAUCGAUUCUUUUGACUUUUUUCGAUUUUUUCAUUUUAUUACUAUGAAAUAAUCUUUACAUGAUAGAUUACUUGUAUAUAUCCUACCAAAUAAUUCCUACGUUUUUAAUUUAUCUUUAUUUUUAAAUGGUAAUUUUUCAAUACAUUUUCGUGAUAUCAAAUUAGAUUCAAGUGGUAACGUAUAAAAGUUUUAUUUUAUUAAUUAUUCCUUUUUUUUAUUCGACUAUUAUAGUAAAUCAAGAGAGUUUUGCUAUCCUUUUUUCAUAUUGCCUUUUGCGUUAAAAUAACUAAAUAAAGUGAUAGUAGUCAAAUCGUAGGAUUUUAAAAAAUUAUUAAUAAAGUUAAGCCAAAAAAAUCCUGAAUAUAAUGCCUUUUCUUUUCACAAUAUUAAUUCACUUUAUUUAAAAAAACAGUACUCGGUUUAUGAAAAUUCCAAAUACAACUUGAAAAUUACAUUUCAAAUUUAGAGAAACAACCAAAGCCUUGUUUUCACUUUUUUACUCUUUUUUUUUUCAUCUUCUCAUUUUUUUGUUAUGAAAUCACCCAUUUGAAUCAUAAUUCAUAUUCAAAUAAUAUUUUAUUUUUUUAAACAAUAUUCAUUUAAAUUCUAAAUAUUCAUUGAAAAACUAUAACAACACUAUUCCAACUAUAACUCUAACUUAACUUUGAAAUUUUUAAAUAAUGUAUUUUAUUUUUUGUAAUUUUGAUGUCAUCACCUCUUUCUUUGGGUCUCCAAGAUUCAUAUUUGUAAAAAAGAUACCAUUUUUUUGUGGGGUGUCGAUGAUUUGAUAAAUUAGUUGUAAAUUUAUCAGAUAGUACAUACAAUUGAAGGAUUUUCUUGAAAAAGUUGUUGUGAUUCUUAGAAAUUGCUUAAACUGUGAAUAUCUGAAAAUUUCAAACUGAAAGUAUAUGGAUGUUUUGGGUGUUGGAUGCAUACGAAAGAGGAUUGAAGAAGCAAAGGGGUAUUUUUGAUUUGUGUUUUGGGGCAUGGGGAUGAAGAACAAUGAUGGUGAAAAAACAGAGCAAAGAUCAAAGUCAGGUAGGAGUGGUAAUGGCUUCAUUCCGUCUUCGUUUCGACUUCUUUCUAGGAUUGUAUCCUCUGGUGCUUCGACUGUUGCUUCAACGGUUAGGUCAGCUGCUUUGGCUAUUGUGGACAGGGACAAUGAUCAUGAUCAGGUGGGAGGUGGCAGGUAUCUCAUGGAAUUAGUCGAGGGCUGCGAGAGUUGGUCUGGACACCAAGGUUCUGUGGGCUGGCUUUGACAAGCUGGAAUGUGAGGGAGGCAUGUCUCGUCAAAUUUUGCUCUUGGGUUGUCAGUAUGGUUUCCAGAUUUGGGAUGUUGAAGAUUCUGAUAAUAUACGCAACUUAGUUUCCAGGCCAGAUGGUCCUGUUCCUUUCAUGCAGAUAUUACCAAAACCAAUAGCAUCAAAGAAGCACGAGGACAAAUUUUCUGGUAGUCGCCCAGUUUUAAUACUUUAUACUGACGGGUGUUUCUCUGGGGGUAGUAACAUUCGGGAGGGCAUACGGAAACUUCAUGACCAAGAAAGUACCAGUUUUGAUCCCUCUAUUGUUUGGUUUUAUUCCUUGACAUGUCACUCUUAUGUGCAUCAGUUGAAGUUCAAAUCCGUUAUUCAUUUGGUUAGAUGUAGCUCCCGUGUGAUUGCCAUUUUACAAGCAACUCAGAUACACUUCUUUGAUGCUGCAACUCUAGAUAAGGUAUAUACGGUUGUUACGAACCCUGUCAUCACGGGUUUUUCAGGGUUCGGUAGUAAAGGUGUGGGACCUCUUGCAUUGGGUGCCAGGUGGAUGGCCUAUAGUGGAACUCCAGUUUCAAUUUCAAAUUCUGGUCACGUCAAUCCACAGAACCUCACUCCUUCAGCUAGUUUCCCCAGUCUGGCUCCAAAUGGCAGCUUAAUCUCUCAUUAUGCAAAGGAAUCCAGCAAGCAACUUGCAGCUGGUAUUGUGACUCUAGGGGACAUCGGGUAUAAGAAGCUCGCUAGAUACUAUUCUGAUCUGUCACCUGAUAGUAAUUGUUCUCAAUCUGGGUCUGCUUGUGGAAAGAUAUCAGGAACUGCUAAUGUUCAUCUCCCAGGUGCAGACAAUGUCGGAAUGGUCAUAGUCAGGGACAUUGUUAGCAAAGCUCUUAUUGCUCAGUUUAGGGCACAUAAGAGUCCUAUUUCAGCUCUAUGCUUUGAUCCUAGCAGUACUCGAUUGGUGACAGCUUCAGUUCAUGGUCAUAAUAUCAAUGUAUUCCAGAUAAUGCCUAUACUAUCUGAAAACAAAUCGCCUAAUCCUGGUUCAUCUUAUCUCCAUCUUUACAGGCUGCAGCGCGGACUGACUAAUGCGGUUAUAGAGGAUAUAAGUUUUAGUGGUGAUAGCCAGUGGAUUAUGAUAACUUCUUCCAGAGGGACUAGCCAUCUAUUUACAAUUCCUCCUUCAGGGACGGUUAAUUUUCAAUCUUCAGAUGCAUUUGUUACUGGUAGAAGUAAUGGCUCUAGUGUCUUGGAAAAACCUGCAGUUCAUUGCACCUCGAAUUCAAAAAUUCCGCUGCUUAAUCAACAUAACAUAUGUGAAUCUGAUCCUCUGGUGACUCUUUCUGCUAUUGGUCGAAUAAGGAGUGGAAGUAAUGGGUGGAGAAAUACUGUAACCGGUGCUGCAGCUGCUGCAACUGGAAGGACAAUUUCUUUUUCUGGGUCCAUUGCUUCAGCUUUUCACCACUGCAAUAGUACUAGACAAUAUGCAGAUUCAGGCCUUCUAAAAGCAAAUCAUUGCCUGCUUGUUUUUUCAUCUCCGGGCUGUAUGACACAGUAUGCAUUGCGCAUGUGUUCUGAGCUAGAUUCUAUUGCAACCUUUCCUGCUAUGGGCUCAACUUAUGAGGAAGAUCUUGAAACAAAAUUAGUGGUAGAGGCAAUCCAAAAGUGGAAUAUUUUCCAGAAACAAAAUUACAAAGAACGAGUUGAUAAUGCUGAUAUAUAUGGUGAAUUUGGAUGUUCUGAUAGCAGUAAAGUAUUUCCUGAAGGAAUAACCAAGGGAAACAGUCUCUCUUCAGAGACUAGGGACACAUUUAUUAAAGAAAAGAUAAGAUCUGAGCUAGGACAUCAUAUAUACAUAUCCGAAGCAGAACUCCAAAUGCAUAAACCUCAUAAUCAAGUGUGGGCAAAACCUGAGGUAAGUUUUCGAUCAUUUGUCAUGGAUAGGAUUCACUUGGAUGACGAAGGUCGUGGAGAGGCUGAGGUUGAAGUAAUACCAACUCGUAUGGUUGAGGCCAAGUCAAAACGUUUAUUUCCAGCAUUGAACUUCACCAUGGCAGAGGAACCGAGAAGGAUAAUGUUGGAACGACAUGCCAAACGAGUAGUGCCUUUGUAAAUGGUAGUGACAACACUAGCCUAUAUUAUGUAAAUGAUAUAAGAAGCUCCAUGGAGACUACACAAUCUAAGUGUGUAAAUACUAACCUAGAUAUUACAGAAACUGUCACUCAUUUAGAAGAUGAAGCAGGUUAGUUGUUUAUUUGAAUUUGAAGGCAACGAAAUGAAUUGCAACUUUAAUUUUUUUUUGCUUUUGUUAGUUGUUAUCUAUUUUGUUCUGAAUUCAGUAAUGCAUGCUACUUCCCUUCAUUACCUACGAGGGGUCCUUUGACAGAGUGUAUUAACAAAAAUAAUGCAUGCAUUAUCUUUGUAAUUGCUAUAAUAUACGACUUCAAUUA